AUGGAAAACAUCACGCUCCUCGGCUGCGGGACCAUCGGGCUCUCCUUCGCCGCGGUGCACCUACGCUCCUCCAGCAGCAGCAUCGUAACCAUCCUUGACCCGCGCCCCGACCUCGCUACCAUCCUCGCGCCGCUGCUCGCCGUCUACGGCGCCUCCCGCGUCCUCAUCGCUCCGACACUCUCGGACGCCUGCACGUCCCGCACACACCUCGUGCAAGAAUCCGGGCCGGAGUCCGUGUCCUGGAAGACGUCAUUAUGGGCGGAGGUGGAGGGCCUCGUCAGCGCGCAAUGCCAGCUCUGGAGCUCGACAUCGGGGAUCCCCGCGAGCGUGCAGGGCGCGCGCAUGCAGCGUCCCGCGCGGCUGAUCGUCGUCCACCCGUUUAAUCCGCCGGCGGUGAUGCCGCUGAUCGAGAUUGUGCCCGGCCCGGGGGCAGAGGAGGUGGUGGUCGAGAGGGCGAGAGAGUACUGGGAGCGCGUGGGGUAUAGACCCGUCGUGAUCAGGGAGGAGCGGAAGGGGUUUGUUGCUAAUAGGCUCGCGUUUGUAAUGUUGAGGGAAGCGGUGGGUCUAGUGCAGCAGGGUGUCGUGGGAGUAAGGGAGGUGGAUGCGAUUGUCGAGAAUAGUGUGGGUCUGAGGUGGGGCGUUAGAGGCCCAUUUAGAAGUUAUCAUGAUGGUGGUGGGGAACUGGAGAAUGGCGGGUUGAGGGGGUUUUUGGAAAAGGUGGGCGGGACGGUCAGGGAAGUGUGGGCGGAGGGCGAGGGGGAUCUCCCGGCGGGGUGGGAGGAGACGGUGAUUGCGCAGACGGAGGAGGCGUAUGGGAGUGUGACACAGGAGAGUCUGGACGAGAGAGAUAGGAUUACGAGAAGGGUGCUGCAGGCGAUACGGGAGGAGAAGGAGGCUAUUGAACUGGAGAAGGUGGAGAGGGGACGGGCUCAGAACGCAGUUGUUGAGUAG